AUGCCACAACAAUGCACUAGGGUCAAAAUUUACGAUCCAGAUGGCACAGAGUUCUUCUAUGAGUGCAAAAGUAAUGUUGCAUUCCAAGGACAUAUUAGGCAUUUGUUUGAAAAUCUUAUCGAGUUCUCACAGAGUUUCCAGAGUUCGACACUCAGAUUGAUAUCAGAUACCAAUGGAUUGAUCUCCUCUCACUACGGACUACAGGAAGCGAGUAGCGGACAUUGGAUUGAGGAUGUCAACGAUAGCAAAUUCCAGAAGGAAGAUAAUAUUCUUUUCUUUAAGUUACGUCCACUUAGCAGAUAUAUCUCUGACGUUGAAAGUCUAUUGCCACCACCUACCAACACAACAACAACUACUACUAUUUCACCACCAACAAACAUUAACAACAACAAUAAUAGUAAUAUUUCAACACCUAAUAGCUCAACACCAAACUCACAACCAUCGUCACUUCGUUCGCACAUUGAGAGUCAAAUUCAAACACAAUUUAAAAUGCGCACAACCACACUUGUAAAUUCGAAUUUGACAUCGACAAAUGCUACAAACAACAACACUACCACACAAAAUAACAAUAACAACAAUUCCAAAUCCAAUAAGAAAGCACUUAGAAAGGCAAUUGAAAGUUUACAUAUUCAUUUGACGUUGUUGAUGUUGAAGGAGAGAACUAGGAAUGACCAUGUCUAUAUUAGCUCUGACAAUCUCGUCAAGAUUAUCCGUAUCAUUUUCAGAUCACCUACACUCUGGGCUAUCAAUUUGCUUGUUGGUUAUCUACAGAGGAACAACUCUUUCAGUACAUCGGCAUCCAAUAUCAAUGACAAUGGUAAUACAAUACUAAAGAGUAUUACCAAUACAAUGUUGACAACAACAAUAACCACCACCACCACCGAUAUCUCACCAUCAGCAACAAUCAAUAGAACUUUCAGUAAGAGUACCGGUAGAACCAACACACUCACUUCAUCAUCUGUACAAACAUCCAAUUCAUCAUCAUCAUCAUCAAACAAUAACAAUAGUAUUAAUAAUAGUAGUAAUAGCAAUGGCAAUAGUAAUGGUAAUACAUCGAAUCAAUUUUCAAAUAGAGAUAGUUUAGGUCAUCAAGAUUCGAGUGGAAAUCAAAUUUCACUGUUCACUUUGAUCGAUCAAUCUAUAAAGACAUGCUCAUCAGAGUUUAAGAAGAACUUUUAUUUGUAUUUGAUGGAGCAGUACGAUCAACGUAGAGACAGUAUAUUGGAUACCGUCGAUGCUGCUGUAGACACCGAUGCUAACGACGACGAUGACCUGUACUUUAAUAAAGCGAUUAGAGCAUCUGCAUCCGUUCAAUCGUUAUCAUCGUCACUCCUCUCCAUACCCAAUCUACAUAGCGAGAUCAUCAUACAAACCAUCUCAAUGAUCAACAACAUCUAUUUAUUAUCACCAAAUCCUGUAAAUUAUAUCAUCAGACUACACAAAGACAAUAUCUUUAGAUCACUCUACGAGUUAAAGAUAAAAGAUAAUUUAAUAUCCGAUAGUAUUCAAUAUAAAACAUUGAGAAAAUAUUUAGUUAAUGAAUUAAAAGAUCAAUGUUUGGAAUCUAUUGAUACAGAGAGAAUUCAACAUCAGAUAUUGUUCUCUGAUUUGUGGUCAUCGACAUUGACACUCUAUCCCUAUGGUGGUUGUAGUUCCUACAAGUGGCUGUUGUUAGGUUUCCGUGGUGCCAAUCCAUCGGAUGAUUUGAACUGCACCGGUGUCAUUGCACUUCGCAAUCUCAACUACUUUGCUAAGCAACAUACAUCGUUAUUCAAUGACAAUACUCUCGUUGAUUGUCAGAUGCUAUCGAAAUCAUACCCAGUUGCAUUGGUCGGCAUAUCUUUAUCAUAUCUAUUAUCGAAAGCAUAUGGUUUUAGAUUAAACAAAGACAAUAAUAAUAAUAAUAAUGAUAGUAUCAAUAACAAUAGUGGUAGUAGUAACAGUGUAAAUGAAGAUAACAACAAUAAUAAUAAUAACAACAACAAUGACGAUGGAAAAUCAGAGAUUGUUGAAGAAGAUCCAUCUGAAAAGUGGGAUAUUGUAUUCAGUGAUUACAAUUGGCUUGAUGAAUGUUAUGUAUCUACAUUUAUACUAUUCGAAUCACUCUGGUCAUUCCAAUCGAUUAGUUACUCUGAUUUCUCAACUAUAUUAUCAACCACUGAAUCUAUAAUAACAAAAACAAUUGAAAAGAAACCUGUUAAUAGUCAAGAGUUUACAGAGUAUAUAGUUGGUUGUCUAUUAGAGUCAACAGAGGUUACCAACGCUAUCGAUGUAGUACAUAGAUUCAAUCAAUUGCUAUCGAAUGACACCUCUAUUACAGAUAUUGCAUAUUCAUGUCAUAGUUUAAUAAGAUUCUUUGGUGAAAGUCUAGAUUCUUUAACUUAUCAAUUCUUACCACCAAAUUUGGUAAAGAGUAAAUCAGAUUCAUUACAAGAGAGAAACAAUAGAAUUGAAACAUUCAUUGGUGAAUGGUUAGACUCUGAACAGGUAGACUAUGGUGAGAAGAUUAGAUUCUCUGUGCAGAUUCAAGAGUCAUUGUUGACUGCUUCACUCAAGAACAACAGCAACAACAACAACAACAACUAUGCCAAUGGUGGUGGUAUUGUCAAUAGUCCACUCAAGAAUGUUCAGAACUCACUCAAUGGUAGCGGUGGUGUAUCUCUACGAAGUAGCAACAGUAGCAACAACCAGAAUGGUAGUAAUACCAACACCGAUCCAGUAGUAGAGUCGAGAAUAAACAAACUUAACAAGUUCUUUGGUGAAAUGAUACAUCCUUCUCAACUAGGUUCAUCUACUGAUAGUUCACCUUCAGUUGUCUCUACUUCACCCAACCCACCAACAUCUACAACAUCAACAACUUUAGCAACUCUACCUCCAGCAACAACAACAACAACAAAUAAUAAGAACAAUAACAAUAAUACACAUGAUACUUCUACUACUACUACUGCUAAAAAUAACCACCAAACAAGUAAAAAUGAAUCAUUGGAAGAAGAUCAAAUCAAACCGAAAUCACCAGAGGAAAAGAGUAUUGAUAAGGUUCAAAGAUUGUUGGGUGUCGAUCUCCAAAAAGCGAAUAUCAGUUUCUCGAAAUUGCAUAAGAUGCAACAACCACCUUCGCCACCAAAUGAGCUAUUACCUGCUCAACCUAUUCAGUUGAAUCAAUCUCAACAACAACAACAACAAAAACAAUCACCUGUACCAAUAUCAUCAGUCGUCGUAUCAACAUCACCCAAAUUCAGCUUCAUCAACCUCGCCAACCUCUAA